AGAAAUACAAUGUUUAUGCACUGGAUUCAUCUUUCCCCCCUGAUUUUCGUUAGGUUCCGAGCUCAUGCCCAAAGCCCUCUCCACCAGGAUAGUGGGAGGCAUUUGGUGGUUUUUCACACUUAUCAUCAUUUCCUCGUAUACCGCUAAUCUAGCCGCCUUUCUGACAGUGGAGCGCAUGGAGUCCCCCAUCGACUCAGCAGACGAUUUAGCGAAACAAACAAAGAUAGAAUACGGAGCAGUUGAAGAUGGAGCGACGAUGACCUUUUUCAAGAAAUCAAGAAUAGCCACGUAUGAAAAAAUGUGGGCCUUUAUGAAUAGCAGGAGACAGUCGGUGCUUGUCAAAAGCAACGAAGAAGGUAUCCAGCGUGUCCUCACCUCUGAUUAUGCCUUCCUAAUGGAGUCAACUACCAUUGAGUUUGUUACACAGCGGAACUGUAACCUGACACAGAUUGGUGGCCUGAUAGACUCCAAAGGUUAUGGUGUCGGAACUCCUAUGGGGUCCCCCUACAGAGACAAAAUCACCAUCGCAAUUCUCCACCUGCAAGAAGAAGGCAAGCUCCACAUGAUGAAGGAGAAGUGGUGGCGAGGCAACGGUUGCCCGGAAGAGGAGAGCAAAGAUGCAAGUGCCCUUGGAGUACAAAACAUUGGUGGCAUCUUCAUCGUAUUGGCAGCAGGAUUGGUUCUCUCCGUCUUUGUGGCAGUGGGGGAGUUUUUGUACAAAUCCAAAAAAAAUGCCCAGUUGGAAAAGUGGCCUCACAUACAUGUUGAAAGGAGAGAUGACAGAAUGAAACCUUGUGGAAUCCCGCAUGAAAGAGAGACCACGGGGCAGGUGAGCAAUUGCCCAAUAUCAUCCUCUGAGAUCUCUCUGAGGGGCAAGAAUGGAACUCCACAAGUGCAGUCCCACCAACCCCAACCUAGAUCUACAGAGGUCCUUCUGUAGUGCCAUGGUCGAGGAGCUGAGGAUGUCUCUGAAGUGUCAACGUCGGUUAAAACACAAACCACAGGCUCCUGUUAUUGUGAAAACAGAAGAAGUUAUCAACAUGCACACAUUUAAUGACAGAAGGUUGCCAG